AUUCUUAUCCUUCUUCACCAAGGAAUUCCCACUCAUUUGCUCUACAUAUUCCCUCGGAGUUCUUUCCUUCUCCUUACACUUUUCUAAAGACUACGAGAGAGACAGGUGUUUGCUAGAGUGACACUAAAAGAAUUAGCCACUUGAGAGAGGCAGAGGAAGAGUGAGAGCAGGAGUCAGAAAAAAAAAGAAAAAAAAAACAGAGAGAAAGAUGAUGGUAGAUUGGGGGCCGGUGGUGGUGUCUGUGGGGCUGUUUAUAUUGUUGUCGCCAGGGCUGUUGUUUCAACUUCCUGCGAGAACAAGGAUAGUGGAGUUUGGAAAUAUGAGCACCAGUGGGAUUUCUAUUUUGAUCCAUGCUGUUAUUUAUUUUUGUAUCCUUACUAUCUUGACUAUUGCCAUUGGCAUCCACAUACGUUCUGGUGUAUAAUCUAUUAAAGCUCCCUGAAGUUUGGCCAUCAACAACAGCUUUGGGUUUUGUUAUUUCUUUACUUCUUUCUCUCUUACCCAACUGUAAUUUCAUUUCCUCUUCUGCUUCUAGAUACAGAGUUGUAAAGUUUUCUACAUCAUAUUUAAGGGAAGAUUAUAUAUUUCUGAGCAGCUUGGAAAA